AUGCCGCCCGCGGAGAAGAGCGCGGGGCCCAAGGCCCGGGCCCCCAAGGGCCGCGCUCAGGGCCGGCUGCCCGGCCUGCCGUCGCCCGCACUGUGCUGCGCCUGCGGUCUGUGCGUGCUGCUGGCGGGCGUGAACGUGACGCUGGUGGGUGCCUUCGCCUCCUUCCUGCCCGGGCACAACGCGCCGCUCGUCGUGGGGCCGGUGCUGCUGGCGCUAGCGUUCGGCUUCUUCGCCGCCUGCUGCGUGUGUAGCCGCCGGGGCCCCGCGCUCCGUGCGCGCUCGGCGGCGGCCGCGGCGGACCUGGGCCGGGGCGGCGGCCGCGCCGGGCCGGUGGCGCUGGAGAUGGAAAGCAGCGAGCGCACGGCGCAGGACACCACGGCCGUGCAGCUCAGCCCCGCCGUGUCGGCCGCGUCCUCCGGCCGCUCCAGCCCGGGCCCGGGCCCCUUCGCCCUGGACGCGCCGGCGCCUGCAGCCAUCUAUGCGCCUCGCACCGAAGGACUUCAGCUCAACCUGCCCCGGAGCGGGCCGCCCCCUAGCGGACCGGGCCCCCGGCCGGACUCCUCUGCCCGCCUGCCCUCCGUUUAG